AUGUUGCGCAUAUUUUUCUUGAUUACUGUAGUUCACUUCUCAUUUGAACGCGACGUUUAUCAUGGAUCGUGGCGCGGAGGAGCGUCGGAGAUGAAUGACGUGGAACGAAAGCCUUCGUAUUGGCAAGAAGAGGCGCGCAUGGCUAUUGAGGCCAGGGAAGCGAGGCGUAAGGAAACAUUUGGAAUUGCACGCAAUAUCGUUAUGUUCCUGGGUGAUGGUAUGUCCGUGCCGACGCUAGCUGCCGCACGCGCACUUCUAGGUCAGCGACAGGGCCGCACCGGUGAAGAAAGUCAGCUAUCGUUUGAAGCUUUCCCUACUGUCGGCCUCGCUAAGACUUAUUGCGUAGACGCACAAGUGGCGGAUUCUGCAUGUACUGCGACGGCAUACUUGUGCGGUGCUAAAGCCAAUUACGGCACUAUCGGCGUGACGCCCGCUGUCAUGCGCCGUCACUGUCAAGCAGCAACCGAACCUAAUGACCACGUCUACUCUAUCGCAGCAUGGGCUCUGCAGGCUGGCAAAGACGCCGGUCAGUAUUAA